AUGGUGCUGGCCGUUCUGCUUCAGUGCGAACACGUCACUUGCACUAUAUCGAAUUGGACUCCCAGUGUAGAAGGUUCAUCCGUGCUGAAGAACGUCCCGAACAGCGUUCAGUACUUAAACUUUCGCUACUUAAACAUUACUACGCUCAAUUUCGAAGUGCUAGAUCGAGUGAUGCUUUCAAACGACGCUACAAUCGAAACAAGCAUCCAGUACUCCCGAGUAGAGCAGGGUUAUAUGUCGUCACAUACGAACAUAACAAGUCUGUUGCUGAUUGACACGAAUCUAAUUGACAUAGAAUUUGAACCGCACAAUUCUAUGCUCAAGAUGCUCACAAUCAUCCAGAGCCAGCUUAUACGUGUGCCUGACAGCAUUAACCAGUUGGCCUUUUUGCAGGUUUUAGCUAUCGUACGAUCUCUCGUAGAUUCCGUUGAUUUAGGCCUGUUCUGCAAGUUGCAGUAUCUACAUUACAUCAACUUAAUGCACAACAAAAUUGCCUUCCUCAGUCACUCGCGUACGUCCGGUGUAGAGUUCCUGAAAUUAUGGGAUAUCAAUCUUUCGCAUAAUCUACUCACCACGGUUCGCCUCGACAUUUUCAAUGGAAUGAAGGCACUCAGAACAAUAAGUCUUUCGAACAAUCGCCUCCACAGUCUGGACGGUCAGUUGCUCUUAUCAAGCUUAAAAAAGCUGGAGCUAUCUCACAAUCGCUUCUCCGAGCUAAACUUUUGCAACUGGAAUGUAUCCAAUCUGGCGGAUCUGUAUAUAAACAAUAACACCUUACGGUGGUUGCCAGUUUGCAUAGAAGAGACAAUGCCGAGCGUAAGUUACUUAAACCUGGCCUCAAACGUACUCUCGACCGAUGAUAGUAUCUGGAGCAGACUGGCAAAGUUCCAUCAGCUAACAUUGCUCGAUAUCAGCUACAACCGUCUAACAAGCAUGGUGUGGGCUAACAUAACCCUCUCAUCGCGCUAUAUAAACAUGAACAACAAUCCGGUGAAAUAUAUCAACAUAUCGAUGGCCAUCGAUGGGUUCCAUGUUGACGCAGGUUGCACUACGAUCGAACAGUUGACGAUCAGUAGCAUGUCGUCCAAUGAAACCUACACAGACACUUAUUGCACUCCGAUACGAUGUAGCUACAAUAGCGAGCGUAAUUCAAACCAAUUGCAGUGUGGUAAGAAUGUGGAGGAAUGCGAAAUGUGCAUUUAG